GCUGGUCAAAGCCCAUCAGUUUUGGAAAGACAAGACAAGCCAACGCCGCAUUCCAACACCUCGAUUUUGUUGCACAAACGAGGACCACUGAUCGUCUGUCCAAAGCCUGCAUUUCGCUACAACAUUGUCUUGCUCAAAGCGGAUCUGUCAGGCUAAACCCAUCGGUUAACCAAUGUCUUGGAGUGUCUUGGCAGCAAACGGCACCACUUCGCGGCCAAUGGUUCGUUUGAAAUUCAUCUGAUGCCAGCCGUCCCACUUGCCAUGCUGUCUCGAAUGACGGCAGCAGUCCCUAUUUUUGACUGGGUACAUGGGAGUUUCGGUGAGGUGAUGGGCGGCAUUGGGGGCAGCGCAUGAACAUUGAGGGUGGCAUGGUGACAUGGGAUGGUUGGCUGUGGCUGGCUGUAUUACCUCGCUUUAAAGACCGUCUUGUAACGCAGAGAGGCAUCCGGUUCAUCCCAUCUCACCCGUACACCUUCAGUCUCACCUGUCCGUCCACCCAAACCCCAAGACUCAUCGCAAGCCAAGAUGAAGGCCGUCACGUAUGCCGCUUUGCUGUUGGGUGCUCUGUCCACCGCUUUGGGGCAGACCACGGCCGAUCCCGGACCAUCUCCCACCGAGUCCAUGGGCUGUGUGCCUCACAAUGACCACUGGGACUGUGAGGGACCCAGGGUCACCGAUGCUGUCGUGACUACCGGGACGGCCACUGGCGCGGCUCCUGUAGUCACCACGGGUGCAGCUCACCAUGAUCACGACAGUGAUGGUGAUGACCAUGACCAUGAUCAUGACCACACCGACGAUGAAGAUGACCACACUGAUGCUCCCGGCACUGGUAGCAUCAAGCCCAGCCCUACCGAAUCAUAUGGAUGUGAGGCUCAUGGAGAUCACUGGCACUGCGAUGGUCAUCGUACUGCUUCGUCCACUCUUAUCGCCGUCACUCCUACAAACACCGGCGCCGACUCCGAGGCCGCCACCACCACCACCUCCACCUCGACUGCUGGCGCUGCCCAGAUCACUGGCCUCAGCCUUGCCGCCGGUGUUGCUGCCAUCGUUGCCAUGGCUCUCUAAGUUUAGGGAGGGUAAAUAUCAGCAAAUAGCCACCGACUGUAUUUUGACAUGUAUCAUUUAUCUCUUGUAACCCUUAACAAAGUUUGAUGCAGAGGACAUCUCGCCAGUGAUGCUGGGCUGUCAGGAUUGGCUGAACAAGCUUCCUAUCCAGCAGGAAAGACAGAUAGUUCAAAUCUUAAAUAAUAUUACAGUAUAAUGGUUCAACAUCAAUUCAUGC